AUGAGUGGAGAGUGUUCCAACCAAGAUGCAGGGCAAUGCGCUUUGGUGGAGCUUCCUGAGACGAUCUUGGGGCACAUUGUGGACUUUCUGACCUUUUCAGAAGCCCAUGGAUGUCUGUAUGUGGUGAAUCGUUCCUUUUGGUUUCAGCACCGUCCCAGCGUUGCUCGUACAACCGUUGAGGUGACUGUCGAUGCUUGCAACAUCACGGGCCGAGUGGAGGAUGACGAUGAUCCGAGCCGAAAAUUUGACGCUUGUCUUCCCAUGACGAAAACAUUGGAAGUCUACUCGAACCUACGGGUUCUGGAUCUCCAGUCUCUGGCCACGGAUGAAUUGUUGGGAUCACUCAUGGAAGCGGACUGUUUGCCACAGCUCACAACGAUUCGCAUGCGUCGAUCUCGUGGUGUCACGGAUCAAGGGCUGAAAUUUUUGAGUCGGCACAACAACAACAACAAUUUUGAUUCCAGAUCGCAAUUAGAAGAAAUUGACAUUACCUUUUGUCAGAAUACCACAUACCGAGGCACAUUUCCAUUGCGCGACAAGCUUCCCCAUUUAAAGUUACUGAGACGACAGCCCGAAUGGUUGGAUGGACAUUUUCAUACUCCCUUUGGCGAUUCUGGUGGUGAAGUGGAAGUUCACACAUACUGGCCGGAUGGGACCUUUUCCUUCCAUCGGGCGACUCAAUCCACCGGGUUUGUCUUGAGCUGGAACGAGCUCCAGAAUAAUAAUCAAGAUCCACAACCCAUGGUAGGCGAUCGCCUCCAAUUCAACAAUUUUCAUCCACCCGCUCAAUGGACCCUUCCCGAGUGGUACGAUGUCUUCCGGUUUGCUUACCGACCUGGAGUUUGUUUGCUGCAGCUGCCUGAAUUAGAUCACACUUCUACUACAAGUAGUAAUAGUGAGAGACAUGUCUUGGUGGGACAGCGUCUGCGGCGACUAAAGGCACCAACCUGUUUGGAUCGAGUGGCACGAGUAGCCGAUCAGAUCGCCGUGGGGACAUCCCGCUAUGUGGACCCUUGCACGCUGCAGAUUGACACCGAGCUGAACCCAACAAGGCGACAUUGGCUGUUGAUUAGCAAGAUGAAAGUGCUUCCCUUGGAGGAGAAUGAUCUCAUGCCACCGGCAGAGUUGGUGGAAGAAUGCCGCCGUACGUGUCAAGCCAUGGGCACCUACGGAGAAGCCCGAUUGAGCCAAUUCGAAGAUGUGUUGGACGAUAUCCUGUCCGAGUAA